AUGGGAAAACCGACACAUACUCUAUUAUGCCAUUGGCACGUAGAUAAGAACUGGCGUAAAAAUUUGAAGCUUGUGAACGGAUCAAAAGAACUCAAAGACGAGAUUUAUAAAGUAGUUCGGACGUUGAUGGAUGAAAAAGACGCAGCAUCUUUUCCAAAUAUUGUUAUAUCCGCAGUAGAGAAGUUGAAAAAUGAUCCGAAUACUGCGGCGUUUGGAAAAUAUUUUGAGCGUGAGUACAGCGAACGAUAUGAAACAUGGGCGUUUGCAUUCCGCAAAUACAUUGGCAUGAAUACGAAUAUGAAGAUCGAAGCCAUGCACAAUUUGCUGAAGAAUGUGUAUCUCAAUGGUUUGAAAAACAAAAGGGUCGAUAAACUUAUCAACACGCUCCUAAAAAUGAACCGUAACAAAGCUUUUGAACGAUUGAGUCACUUAGUUAUGGAGACUGACUCGCAUACCCACAAAAAAGUGCGCGAUCGGCAUGUAACUGGCAAGACAAUCCCUGCUGAAGAUGUUUCAAUUAUCAGCUUUGGUGUAAGUGGUGUAGGACAAGUUAAGUCGCAGAGUAAGAGUAACCAGUCAUCGAUUUAUGAAAUUACAAAAAUUUCCGACGAAUGCAGCUGCAGACUGCGCUGCGAGGAUUGUAAUAAUAUUUGUGUCCAUUUAUUCGAAUGUACAUGUGAUGAUUAUGUGUUCGGGUACAAUAUUUGUAAACAUCUGCAUGCAUAUGCUCUUAAGGUUCAAUUUUUAGAUGAAUGUGGUCCGUUAGCGCCAGUUUAUGAAGCUGCAGAAGUGCACAAUAUUCUCGAAAUUCUCCAGUCACAAUCUCCAACUGAAAUCAAGAAUGAUUCUCUCAAGAAAAGGGAUACCAUCCAAGAUCUUGCGAGAGAAAUAAUUCAAAAUGUGCAGUGUUGCAGUGAGAUUCCUUUUGAUGAAGAUGAUAACAAAGCAAUUUCGUCUUUAAAGCAGAUCAACAAAAUGCUUCAGUUGAAAGUGAAAGGUCUACAGAAAAAGAAAAUGACCAAAUCCCCUAUGAACAAAAAAAUUGAUCAUCAAAAGCGGUUUUACUCCACAAAAAAAAAACGUGCAUCCGGGCACCAUCCCAGUAAACCAAGCACUACGGAGAAAGCUGAAUUGAAAAAGUUAGUGCUGGAAUCGAAGUGUGACCUCAUAAAUUUUAAUUCUAGCGAUCAUACUUACAUUCCUUCUACUUGA